ACAACCCCCAUCGCCAACGUCGGCGCCAGCGUCAGCGUCAGCGCAAUCAGCAACGCGUUUAUAGAAUUUCCAGUGUAAGCGAAUGAUUCCUUUCCAUCCAUCCAGUUGCAAUAGAUACGACACUGACUUCAUUCGCCACCCUCAAUCACACUCGUAAGCUAUGGCAUGGUGCUCUUUAUGUGUAUGCGCUUGUAUGUAUGUACGCACAUAUUCGUGUACACGAACAAUAAAAUGUGUGUUGGUGCGCGUUUUAUGGGUCCAGGUUUCGCCCGGCCGCCAUUGUAUGCACGCACCAAUCCCACCGCGAUGCUUGUCUACUUCGUGGGAUCGUUGAGACUUGAUUUGUUUUUAUUGUUAUAGUUGUUCUCAUCACAGCUGCCGUUGUUAUUGUCGCUGCGCUAGUUGCUAACGUCAUCGAUACACUGCCGCUGCUUUUAUCCACUUCGGCUAUACGGUGCAGUUCGCAGCCGUCUAUAGGAAAUACUUCGGCAUGUUUUCGCUGCCUGCUGCCGUGUGCUGCUCGCUGUUGGUUCCGACUGUUUGAACGAGGUCCAUUUGCGGUGGAGUUUAGUCUCAGCUUUCAUUCAUUUCGAUUCCAGCAUCCAAUCGUGCUUCGACACUCCAGUCGCACACUUACUAAACGAUAAGCUUUUCUUAUCUGCCUGCUUGGGUUGUAGUUGUGUAUGUAGUAGAAGUUGUCUAACGCGACUAACGAUCAACAAAAUGAGCGUCUCAUUAGAUUUACUAAUGAUACGCUCAUGAUUGCGGAUAUUAAUAAAAAUAACAUUAUAAGAACGAACGCAGUGAAACAUUUAUAAAAAUAAUAAAAAGGAGUGGCGGUACUCCGACUAUUAAAGACAAACAUUUAAAGUUUGUCCAGCAAUUAAAAACAGUGUAAAAAUGCAUACCAUAUGAAUAAAUAUUUUAUGCACAUUUAUGUACGGGUACAUAUACAUAUACAUAUGUACAUAUUAACAUUAUCGAAGCUCAAUAAAACGCUUCUUUGUGAGAUUUAAGUGUUUAUUCGAAAGCGUAUUAGUUACAACGCAUAUGUGUACGAGUGUAUGUAUGUAUAUACAUUUCUGCAUGUACAUAUAUACCCAUAUGUCUGCACAUAAAUAUUUUUUUAAAACUUUGCACAACUCGGCCUCGGUCCGUUCAUAAUUUUUUUUGUGGCUUCGUAGUGAUUAUUGUGGAAGUAGUAAAAGCAAAAUCAAAUAGUUCUCUCAGUGAAUAUGUUUUCGAGCGUUAAGUAUCGUUAUUUUCACCGAUUUGUUGUGAACUGAUUAGAUUAUUGGUUUCUCUCAUCGUUCGGGAAUAUAUAUACCUACAAACACACUCAUAAGUGCGAAGACGGAUUUUUUAGCAGGAAACUGCAAAGAUACCGGCGGCAAAACGGAUAUUUCACGAAGGCUUAGCUAAAUCUUGUGCCAUGAAGGAGAAGAGUAAAAAUGCCGCUCGCACCAGACGUGAAAAGGAAAAUGCGGAAUUCUUCGAAUUGGCCAAAUUACUACCACUACCAAGUGCAAUUACAUCACAGUUGGACAAGGCGUCCAUCAUAAGAUUAACAACAUCGUAUUUGAAAAUGCGUCAAGUCUUUCCCGAUGGUUUGGGUGAGGCGUGGGGCACUUCAACGGCAAUGCAACGAGGUUCUAUCAAAGAGCUUGGAUCACAUUUGCUGCAAACACUGGAUGGUUUCAUAUUUGUUGUGGCACCGGAUGGCAAAAUUAUGUACAUCUCGGAAACGGCAUCCGUGCAGUUAGGUUUAAGUCAGGUUGAGCUUACUGGAAACUCGAUAUUUGAAUAUAUUCAUACCCACGAUCAGGAGGAGAUGAAUGCGAUACUCUCACUACAUCCUUACAUGUAUCAAAAUCCAGAUGCAUUUAUUAAUUCAUUGCAUCUAACACAGAGCGGCAAUCCACCCACCGGUAAUGCGACCGUCAUUGGCAGCCCGAACGGCAGCUACGGCAGUGAUCGGGGUUCGCAUACGAUUGAAAUACAAAAAUCCUUCUUCCUGCGCAUGAAGUGUGUGUUGGCGAAACGCAAUGCUGGACUCACAACGUCAGGUUAUAAGGUCAUCCACUGUUCUGGCUAUCUGAAAGCGCGUAUAUUUCCUGAUUAUGGCGACGGUCAUGGGGGUUGUAUACAAAAUCUGGGUCUCGUUGCUGUUGGUCAUUCCCUGCCUUCGUCUGCGAUAACGGAAAUUAAACUUCAUACAAAUAUGUUUAUGUUUCGUGCGUGUAUGGAUUUGAAGCUGAUAUUUUUGGAUGCGAGAGUAUCCCAACUCACUGGAUAUGAGCCGCAAGACCUCAUUGAAAAAACGCUCUAUCAAUACAUUCACGUUACGGACAUUGGACCAAUGAGCUGUGCCCACAACAUACUGAUAUAUAAAGGACAAGUCACCACCAAAUACUAUCGUUUUCUGACGAAGGGCGGCGGCUGGGUCUGGGUGCAAUCGUAUGCGACAGUGGUGCACAAUACACGCUCAUCGCGCACACACUGCAUUGUCAGUGUAAAUUAUGUCCUGAGUGAACAAGAGGCCAAAGACUUGAUUCUCAAUGAAAUCCAAACGGGUGUGGUUAAGUGUGAGCCAAUCACCGCCUCGGCUGCAUUGACGCCAUCUUUGCAUGCGGUACAUGCGGCUGCUACCGCCACACACCCGGCGCUUAGCAAUGGCAUUGCAGCAGGCGCAUCACCAAGUUGCGCAGGACUCAGAGUCAGCCCUAAGCUGGACCCGUGUUACGAGAGUGCUGGCGUUCAUCUACCACCAAAUGUGCUCACACCAGUGCUAACUGGCGGCAGCAGCAGCAGUGGCGGUGGCGGCGGCGGCGGCGGCCACAGCAAUAACAAUAACAACAAUAAUGCCUAUAUGCCUGGACAUCUAAUGCAUGCGCAACAUUCGCAUCCACAUCUGCAUGCACACCCGCACGCCAACGCACACCCACAGCCACAUGUGCAUCCGCAUCAUCUGCAUCACGUGCAUACGCACGCACACGCUCACGAAGUACCGCCGCCACCACCGCAUACACAACAUGACAACCUCAGUUAUACGCCGCUCUUCCCGCCGAUCAACGAUCUCGUCGUCAGCUCGUCAUCGGGCAGCGCGCUCGCGCAUGAGAUACAAUAUCCGGAUACAACGACCGGCGGCGGUGGCGGGUACUACGGUGGCAACAGUGCUGGCACCACCAACAACAAUAAUAAUUCUGGCAGCGAGCAUUACUACUAUGACGCGGCAGUGGACGUUUCGUCGGCGUCAACGUCAGCAUCAGUGGCGCUGAAUCGGCCGUACUCCGCAAAUUCCAACAGCUGCUCGAGCAGUUCGGAAAGUGAUCGACAAAUGUCCACGGGCAACGCUUCGAUAGUGAACGGCACCUCCCCGCAAACGACGUACAGCGAGUUGAGUCACACAUUCGAACUGCAUUAUUUGUCGGACAGCAGUUCGCACCAACAGGCAGUUAUGGUGGGUCCUGCGUCAGUGCAACAGCAGCAACAGCAACAGCAACAUCACCUACAACACAUGGAACAUCAUCCGCAUACGCAUCAUCACCAACAACAUCAACUACAGCAGCAACAAGCUUUGGCGGGCAGUCAUGUGGCAACGCUGCAACCACAGCCGCCACCUCAGCCACAGUCACAGUCAACGCAAAUGGAUCAUCAGCAAAUGCAUCCACAUCAUCAGACACAAGCGCAACAGCAACAUGUGCUGGUGGCACACCAGCUGCAGCAACAUGAUCCGCAACAGCAGCAACAACAACAGGAGCACAUUGCGCGCACGUUCGCGGUCGCCGUGGAGAAGGGUGUAAGCGUGCCGGCACAGUACACCAGCGUCAUUGUUGACCCCCAUCAUCACUAUAUACCCAACGAUUUCGUGCAUUAGCAUAUGCUAGCUGGUGCGAUCCGGAGGAUCGGUAGCAGUAAAGCAUAAGCUGUGCUCUUGUUGUGGGCGACAUUUGGUCGUCGCGUCGUUGCGGCCUCUAUUUGGGUCGCAGCGCAUUGUUGUUGUUUAGUGUAAUAGUUUUAAUUACUAAUUAAAUCGGACUGAGUCGCAAAAAAAUAAUAUUUAAUAUCAGUAUAUAUGUACAUAUAUACAUACAACAUUGUUGUAUGUUGCCUGAGUCUCUUGUUUAGCGGUAAUACGAGCAUACGUACAUAUGUAUGUACAAGUACGUUAGAGGUUAGAAAGAGCCGCUCGAUAAUUUUUAUUCGAAAAUAUUGCGGCCUUUUUUUUAUUUAUGUUGUUAAAAAAUAAUUCCUUUUUAAUAGACAAAACAUCUACACCACCGUGCGACAGUACUUCUCACACGUGGCAAAAUCGAAAUGUGUCCGAUACUGGAGCUCAGUUGAAGUAAGCUUGCAUUUUUAGUUUUUCACUAAUAGUAUGCCAGGUGAUUUCUUCAAAAGCUCUUCAAAGAUUAAGUUAAGACCUAUUUAGGAGUCGAAAAAUUGUUAUAAAGUGUAGAAGAUUGACAUCAGCGGCCGCUAUAGCUGAAUGGGUUGGGGAGUGACUACCGCUCGAUAGGAAAUCGGUGGUUUUUUCUAAAAGCGGUCGCUCCUCGGUGGACAUUUUCAAAUAUCUGUGUGUAUUUGCCUGAAAAGCAUCUAAAAAAAAAAAGAAAAAACCAUCUGCCAUUCGGAGGCGGCAUAAAACUGUGGGUAUUUGAGCAACAACUUCAAGGCACACAUUGCAAAUUGGAGAAGUAGCUCGACCAAACAUAUAACAAGGAAUGCACGCACCAAUUAUAAAAGGUGGCACAAAAUUCAUCACGCUAUUGAAAGAUUUAUGAGUCUUGCGAAUGGCGUCGUACGUCAAUCAUAUUUGACAGGUGCAGUAUACAAACAAAACAAAAAAGGCUCCUCAUAAAAAAACCAUUGCCGGUCGGAGUCGGCUUAAAACUGUAGGUCUCUACAUUUGUGGAACAACAUCAAGACGCACACCAUAAAUACAGCUGAGAGCUCGACCAAACACCUAACAGAAGUGUACGCGCCAAUUAUUUCUUUAUUUUUUAGUAUACAAACAGACAAAAAAUGGGGCGCUUAAAAGUCAAAUUAAACAUUUCCAUUACUCAACAUUAUUUUUUUGUAUUUAGUAAAAAAGUUAUUCAAAAACAAAAUUAGGUGAUAAAUUUUGUGCCACGUUGUAUAUUAUUAGUGUGGGUAAAUUUGAAUGGAACGAUUUUGCUUGACAUGGUUCCACAUAGAAUACCGAGAAAAAGGUCUACUAGAGUAUAGUUCUAGAGCCAAUUCCGAGACUCCAAAUUUUAAAAGAAGCUAUCCUUUAAUUAAGCGGUUACAUACGUCCAGCAGCGCCAAAGAAAAACUGUUUUUAGAAGGAACGGCAAUAGAAAUAAAUAUAAAAAAAUGUAUACAGUGUUUAUUAGUACUUAAACUUUAUAAAAAAAUUUAUUUUAAUUUUUCUUUACAAUAGUAGUACAUAAAAAAUCACGUGACCCAACAGUACAGUGAAAACAGUUGCUCCACGGCCUGCAUCAUUUAUCCUUGAAAUAUUGAUGGAUCUGUAAAAUGUAAAAAAAAUCUUGUAAAAUAAAGUUAUAGUAAUAGUCUAUCGAGCCCGAUUCUUGAAUUUCGAAAAAUUUUCCAAUUUACGGCGUGUAAAAAAAAUUUAUUCGUUUUACGUCAUAAAUGUCACACUUUAAUUAUGUUUAUAAAAUUGUUUAAUAAAAAUAUCAAAAAUCAAAUCUUUAAAGAAAACACUUUCGAAUAUUAAAAAAAACCGCUUCAAAAUAUAUUCAAAACUGUAUGAGUUAUCAUGCAAACCGUGCCGGAAAAAGUAGUUUGAGGUACAGGAGCCUGCGGAUCGCUCUCUACCUAGUUAAUGGGCUGUGGAAGCUAUAAUAUUGGAAAUUUUCGCAUGAAAAUUACACAGUACAUUCUUAAGAUACUAUAUUUUCGAAAUAUCGAUUUUUUGAAAAUUCUGGACGUAUGUAACCCCUUUAUACGAAAAGUGCGAGGGAGAUAUGGCAAUGAAGAUAGAAAGUAGAAAAAAUAAACUGCCUAUUGCAAGUGAAAGGAUAUAAAAAUAAUUGUAAAAACGUUGUUGAAUUUAAAAAAAAAAAUUAUGAUUAGAAUAAAAAUACUAAAAACAAGUUUUUGAAAUAUUGUAAAACAUAAUUCAUUUUGAGUUUUUACAUUGCCUCCUAAGGGGCGACUACUAUGAGAAAAUCUUUUUCUAUCAUUUACCUAUGCAUAUCCGAAUGGUAGACACGCAUCAAUUCAUUUGGCUACGGCGGCCGAAUUUCUACUUUCUAUUACAAUACUUAAAAAUUCCCUAUCAUUUGCUUCGCAGCGCCAUCAUAGAGUUCUUUAAAUAAAAACAAAAACAGUAUCAAAAAUAAGUUCCUUGUACCAAAAAAUUCCCAGGCAUUAAUUUAUAUUAAAAAAUGAAAUAACUUUCAUAAUACUUUAGUUAUAAUUAAACUCUAUAUUAACUGCAUGUUAAUUAAAGAUAGCUUCUUUGAAAUUUGGAGGCGGAUAGAAUCCGAAUCUACUAGGAACGAAGUUCGAAACAACUUUACUCACCCUAACGUAUAUAUACCAUUAUGUACUAUUAAGUUUGGGGGAAAAAGAAAUCCAUUCAUUUAUUUUUUAUUUUGCGCAGACUUUAAAAUUGUUUUAUGGUCGAUCUUUAGCUCCUGGGCGAUGCUAUGACUACUAAUAUGCGGAUCAACUUCGACUAUUUCUGUGAUUUUACCGAUAUUUUCGAAGAUGAUGGUUUACCGGUAACAUCAAAAAUGCCUGAACGGAAUCGAAGAAACCAAAAUUACGAACUGCACCUAAUUCGCUGUUACAGUAUCGACACUAUAAACACCUUUCACAAUUUCAGGAGCGUGGCUUGAAUUUUCGCCUUUAUCAACGAAAAACUGUUAAAUGUACGGUAUUUUCUCUUUGUUGACUUCCAUUGUUAACACCCUGUACUCUCAACUGAAUGGAAUAAACAAAAACAGCAAACGAAUUUUUUGAGUGUGAAAUGCCACCGUGACAACGAGCAUAAACUUUGAAUUGUUUGAUCGAUACUUUACGAGAUAUCGAUCACUACAACCAUUUACCGAGAAAAUAAUGAGUUUCUUUUCCCCCAAACUAAAAAACAUUUUUCAAAUGGGCAACUUUUUUUAAGUGUCUAUAGACUCUAUUCCUUUCACUAUAGUAAGUUCCAAUUUAUGCAUAUAGUGGCAAUUUUAUAAAAAAUAAUAGAGCAAUCAAUAAUUAAAUGCAAAUGACCUGGCAUAAUUGCUUCUGUAAAUUGUAUUGGGGAAGGUACACAUUUUGUUGUUGUGUUGCCAUGGUAAUAUAAGUGCAAUAAAUUUCAACCUUUGCUCUGCAUUUUUGAAAUUCGAGCCAAAAACUUGCGCUUCUUGGUCGUAGACUACACAAAUCAUAAAAUUUUGCGUUCACUUCCGUUGCCUAUAGAUCUCAUAAAAGUAGUGCGGCGCGACCUUUUUGACAUGGUGUACGAGUACAUCGAUAUUUCUAAUUUUAAUAACCUUAAUUUAAUUUAAUUUAAUUCGUUGCAUGAGUUUUGCUGUUUAGUUAAUUUUUCGUCGAUCUAACCAUUAUCCACUUAGUUUUUAAUUCCCUGUUGCAAUGCUUACAAACUUUUUUUGUCAUUUUGUAGCAAAAGCUAAGCAAGUAAUGAUCCUUUAUUUGAAAUGCUGCAUUUAUUUGAUCAAAAGCUUAUUUUUAUUUAUCAAUCAAUGAUACAUGAAUUGUCAAGCCAAAUCAUUUGUGUAUUUUCUUAAAUAUUAAGUACUAUUAUUGUAUAAAUAUGUAAAUGUAUACAUACCUAAAUACAUUGCUUAAAAACAAUGGGCAUAGAAUGCACUUAUUUGCUUGUUUUUCGUCAUUAUUCACCUUAAUUUGCCAAUUGUUUUUGAACGAAAAAAAAUAUGUUGAAAAGCUCUGCAGUACGCAAAAUAAAUUGAAAUGUGUACAUAAAAUCAAAAUAAAUAUAAAACUAUAAAUAAUAAUGAUCUUAAUGAACUGUAUUUAUGUAUAAUAAAAUCUACCUUUUUUUCUAAAAAUUGACAUUAAUGCUGGAUAACAGAUUAAUAAAUA